AUGCUAAGAAGCUUUUGCAGGCCCCUCUGUGCUAGAGUCAGUCUGACUGCACUCAUUUUUGACUAUGGUGUUCAGAACAACACCUGGAUGGUCCAGCCUGACCUCAAGGAUGCAGUUUUGGUGAACAUCACGGGCACUUGUCGAGGAUGCCAUAUGGCAGAGAGCCACGGCUUGAAUCUCAAGACAUUCUCCACGACCUUCAAAUCCAUUGGGAAUGGUGCUUGGGACAUCCUCAUCAACUGUUACAAAUCUGAUUGCUUCAGCGGCAGCAUGACAGGCCAAAACUUCUUUUCUGACGAGGGUUGGAACGUCAUCGUCCGGUAUGACGACGACAGCUGCCAAUUCAUCAGGUCUUGA